AUGAAAUCAUCAAGCAUCGCCAUAUUCUCCUCCCACCCUACUCUCCAGCUACUGGAAAGAUGCAAGACCUUCGGAAAUCUCAGGCAAGUCCAUGCUCAAUUGCUCGUCACCGGCCUCGCUCUUUACACUUACCCUCUCAGCCGCCUUCUGUUCGUUUCAUCGUCAUCCUCUCCGCCGGCUCACACUCUCUGCAUCUUUAAUCAGAUACCCAACCCCACAAUUUUCCUCUUCAAUACCGUCAUUUCCUGCUUCGCCAAUCACACAAACCGGACCCAUCUCGCUUUCUCCCUCUACGAUCGUGCUCUGCAUCACCCGACCGUCGCGCCCAAUAGCUUCACUUUCCCAUCUCUGUUCAAAUCCUGUGGGUUUCGCCCGUGGGUUCGACAUGGCCUGGCUCUUCAUACCCAUGUGUUCAAAUUUCUUGAACCUCCCUAUGAUCAAUUUGUUCAGGCCUCGUUGCUGAAUUACUAUGCCAAUUGUGGGAAGCUGGAUCCCGCGAGACGACUGUUUGAUCGAAUCAGCCGGCCUGAUUUGGCGUCAUGGAACUCUAUUCUAGCUGCUUAUGCGCGGAGAGCUGCGGAGAACAGUGACGAAACUGAUGUCUCCAUUGAGACCUUACAUCUAUUCCAUGAGAUGCAGAGGAAUGCUAAUGUUAGGCCCAAUGAAGUCACCCUAGUGGCUGUUAUUGGCGCCUGUUCUAAUUUGGGCGCUCUCGGCCAAGGUGCGUGGGCGCAUCGACUAGUGCUGAAGAGCGGGCUGAAUUUGAAUCGCUAUGUGGGUACUGCUCUAAUCGAGAUGUAUUCCAAGAGUGGGCGGGUGGAUUUUGCACGGCAGGUGUUCGACCAAUUGCCUCACAGAGAUACCCUGUGCUACAACGCGAUGAUUGGAGGCUUUGCCAUGCAUGGAAAUGGGUUGCAGGCUCUUGAGCUUUGCGAAAAGAUGGAACUUGAGGGCCUAGCUCCUGACAAUGUAACAUUCGUCUUCGCGAUGUCUGCUUGUUCACAUAGCGGGUUGGUAGAGCAAGGCCAGAAGAUCUUUCAGUCCAUCAAACAAGUUUAUGGGAUUAAACCAACUGUUGAGCACUAUGGAUGUGUAGUUGAUCUUCUGAUUCGCAAUGGCCGACUCAAUGAAGCUAAAGAAAGGGUCAAAGACAUGCCGGUGAAGCCAAAUGCAGUGAUAUGGAGGUCUCUCUUGGCAGGGGCUCGAAUCCACGGAGACUUGCAGUUGGGGGAAAUGGCACUCAAACAGCUGCUGCAGCUCGAGCCACAGAAGAGUGGGAAUUACGCGCUGUUAUCGAACAUGUACGCAUCAACCAACAAAUGGGAAGAGGUAAAGAAGGUCAGAGAGGCCAUGAAAGAGGCAGGGAUCAUCAAGUUCCCUGGCAGCUCACUGGUGGAGAUUGGUGGCACCAUGCACGAGUUCAUAACGGGAGACAGGACGCACCCAUGUUCGAGUGACGUGUUCGCCAUGGUGGAGGAGAUGAACAUGAGGUUGCAAGAACAUGGUCACAACCCGAACACGAGGGAAGUGUUGUUCGACAUAGAGGAAGAAGAGAAAGAAGAUGACCCGUCGUACUCAGCGAGAGGCUGGCGAUUGCAUUCUCUCUGUCGGUGGCCGAUGAAGGUCGUUCGGAUGCUCCUGCUGUGA